UCUGCUUCUUCUCCUAAAUUCUCAAGAAAAAUGGCUGAAUCAGUUUCCAAAUGCAUCUCCAUUGUCCUCUUCCUCCUCCUCCUAUGUUCUUCUAUAGUGUCAUCCAUGGAAGAUCUUCAGGAUCAGAGCUUUCCUUCUUUCAGGAGAGAACUUUCUCAUGGGUUCAGUAUCAAAAACACCCUUGCAACACCAGAUAAUCCCUCCACAACAAUAAUCACCGUUCCGGCGACCAUUCCGUCUAAUCCUGUCACCGUAACGCCGAAUAAUCCGGCAGCUACCCCUCUUCCCAUUCCGGCCACUACUACACCAGUGACUGUCCCUUCUACCAACCCCAACAACCCAACAGUCCCGGUUACCACACCAGCUCCCAUCAGUGCCCCUGGGGCUCCGCCGGUGACUAACCCUGUAACCACAUAUCCGCCCCCAGCAGCAGGAGGGGUUCCGGUGACCACACCGGUGACAAACCCAGUUCCACCUGCAGCUGCCACAAAUGCUCCGGCGAAUCAGGGGCAGCGUUGGUGUGUGGCCAAGACAGGGGCUUCACAGACUUCACUCCAGGCAGCGUUGGAUUAUGCAUGUGGGAUGGGAGGUGCUGACUGUUCUCAGAUCCAGCAAGGUGGGAGCUGUUAUGAUCCCAAUAAUCUGCAAAAUCAUGCUUCAUAUGCUUUCAACAGCUAUUAUCAGAAGAAUCCAGUCCCAACUAGCUGUGAUUUUGGAGGAAAUGCAAUUGUAGUAAACUCCAAUCCAAGCUCUGGUUCUUGCAUUUACCCAUCUUCAGCAGCAUCAACAUCAACCCCAACCCCCGUUACAACGCCAUCAACAUCAACCCCAACUCCCAUUACAACGCCAUCAACAGCAACACCAACUCCCAUUACAACGCCAUCAACAUCAGGAGGAGGGGUGCCAGGUUCUGGUACUCCAACUUUAUCGAUGAACUCAAGCACCCCGAGCUCAUCUACGACUUCAUUCCCAGGUAUUGAUAACCCUUCUAGUUUUAACUCAACAUCAAUGUCAUCCGGGUUGCAACCAUUCGUCGGUUGUGUCAUUCUAUUAACAUCCUUUAUCACUGGAGCAAUCAUCCUGGAGGCAUAGAAUGGAAAGCUUCUGCAUGUAUAUAAACAGAUCAGAAGCUAAUGCUUGAGUAGAAGGUGAGAAUCAGCAGCAGUUUCAACUUGUUCACAGAUCUAAGCUUUCCAGGGAAUGAUAGAGGAGUUGGAGUUCAAAGAUACUAACUGCCUUGCAUUAGCUGCUUAGAAUGUAGCCAUGUUUAAUGCUCCAGGUUAAAAGUUUAAUUACAGACAUCAAGUAUGCAUGUUCUUUCAGGUAUGAUAUAUUAAAUUGGUAGUCUCAGAUAAUGAGGAUCUUUAUGAUGCGGUGGAGUUUUUGUAGCUAAGUUUCUUCAUUGAAUGAACUUCAAGAGUAUGUCUAGAUAUUAUUGGAAUGUAGAUGUAAACUUUUUCAGUCAUAUCUCAUGUUGUCUGUCAUAUGUAUGCUGAGUCCAUGGGACCUCUGCCUUUAAAAAUUC